AACCCCCCUGCGAGGCGGGCACCGAGCGUUCCCAUUCCCCUUCCGGGUCGGCGGGGCGGCCCGCUGCACGUGGCCGUGGCAGAAUGAUAAUAAAGAAAAAGAGAAAAGCUCAUGAGGAACCUGUACAGAAAAAGAAAAAGGUGAAAAGUAGUUGGAGCCAGACUAUCAUUAAAAUUGAGGAAGAUGUUCAAACUGUCAUUAAGACUGAGGUUGAUGGCCAGCUUGAAUCACAAACAAAGAUAAAGAAAAAGGAAGAUUUAGAAGGUAAUGAACAUUUAGACAAAUUCAAACUGAAAAAGAAGAAGAAGAAGAAGAAAAACAAGAAAAAGAAAGUUGUCUCUGAAUUAUGGGAAGUAGAAUGUUCAGACAGCUAUGUGAAUGUAAAACACCAUCUGGGUGCAGAACCUGAAGAAGAAUUAGAGAAACAAAUAAAAAUUCUCAAGAAGAAGAAAAGAAAACUCCAGUGUCAUUCUUCCUUACCAUUGGAGAACAAUCAGAGAAGUGAUGUGGGCCUUUCAAAUCAUCAUACAGAUGGUACUAAGGAAAAUGAAUUUGCUUCAAAAAAAAGCAGAAAGAAUACUGCUUUGAAUUUGGAGUUGGAUGGUGAAGUAAUUAAGAAAAAAAGGAAGAAAGAGGACAUGCAGGAUGGUGAACAUAAACAGUCUGAACAAGUUUGUAAAAAGCCACACAAAUGUAUUUCACAAGAAAAAGCUUUCAUGAGGGAAAACCAGGAGACAGAAAGUAUCCAGAAUGAUGGAGAGAGUAAUGUGAGAAGAAAGAAGAGGAAGAAGAAUAAAGAGAAGUCUGACUCCUUUUUACCACUGUUAGAUAAUAAGCACAACAUGUAUGGAAUUCCUGGUAGCCCCACUGCAUUAAGUGACUUCAGAAAAAUGCAAAGAAUGAGUUCCCAGGAAUUUCCAUUGUCAUAUAGAGAGGAUGAGGACACCACUGCAAACUCUGGAAGGAUCAGAGAGACCAAGAGGAAGAAGAAAAAAAACGAUACUUCUUUCUUAACAAAUGAAGAUAAUACAGACUACAGUCACAGAGGUCCUGAUAAGGAUUUCCCAGCACAGCAAGAAGUUGAGUCUGAGGUAGAAGAGCUUUCUGGAAAAAAAGGCAAGAAGAAUAUAAAGGAUAAUAAUGAAGUCAUCAAGAAGAAAAAGAAAAAGAAGAUACAGAAAAACAAGGAGGAAAUAAGAUAUUCAAAAGUUUCUGUAUACAUUGACAGUGCAUCUAAAAGUGAAAAAAUAACACUAUUAGAAAGCAAUAAAAAGAACAAAGAGAGUGAAAUGAAGAGAGCUGAAUGUGUCAGAGGGGACAUUGUAGAUAGGGUAUUAUGUAAUAGUAAUCAUAUGCUCUGUGACAGAAAACAGAGAAGAAGGAAAAAAGAAGCACCCCAGGAGCUUGCUGAAGAACCAGGUUCAAAAGGAAACAAGAAAGAGAGAAAAAGUGAAGGGCUGGGCAGUGAGGAACAUGGGGACGAUAUAACUAUUGUGCAGGAAAAGAAAGGAAACUGUGAUGAAGUUAGCAUAGACAAGGUGAGGCGACAGGCUCUGCAAGAAGAAAUUGAUAGAGAAUCUGGCAAAACUAAGGCUUUCAGUCUCAAAGUGGAACAGGAUACAAAUUUUGGCCAGUGGAGCACAGCUGCUUUUCAAAGUUCUGAGGAAAAAAUGAAGUUUUUGAGACUGAUGGGUGGCUUUAAAAAGGGAUCUGUGCCUAUGGAAAAUCUCGCAGCAACUACGAACAAACCAAACAUGGCUCUGAACAGGGAAGGGGAGGAGAAGUUACAGCAGGCUCUGAAGAUGGAAUUUGAUAAAGCAAUGGACUUGAAGCAACACAGAGGGAUUGGUCUUGGAUUUCAGCCUGCUGCCAACAAAAAAGUAUACAUAGACAAAUAUACAUCUAGAUCUAUAAAGUUUGAGGAUUAAAACGCUGAGGUAAUAAAAGGAAUGAAAAUUCAACAGGCAAAUUUCUUUUCACUUUCCACAUCUUUUAACUUGAAAUGCAAAAUGUUUAAGAAAUUUGAGUUAUCAGGCACUUUUAGUACAAGUUUUCAAAUGCAUACACCAGAUUAUGUGGAGCUGGGUACUUAUUUCAUCUGAACUGUAUGUUUUUGAAACCUAGACAGUGUUCUCUGCAAGACAAAGAGAAAGCCUUGGUAUUUAACUUUGAAGAAACACUACUAAUAUACUCACAAAUCUGAUGAGAUGACAACUCAGAAAUUUCUUAAAUAUUAGCAUCUUCAUUACAAUAAUGGUGUGGAACAUCCUCUGUAUUUUAACUAUGCUCUGGCAGUUGGGUUUCAAGCAGCAGCUGUUCCCUAUAAAUGAAAUACUUGCUGGAUAGCAGCACCAAAUAUAUGGAUCAAGACUUCCUAAAUUAUAGAAAGCAAGGUAAUUUAAUAAUGUGCUUAUUUGGUUCACUGUACAUUAGUCUGAAUGAAAUUUCCAAUCUUUGGAUUUUCAGACAACCUGCACUUUCACUUUAUAGUAAAAAAAAUGAGACUACACGUGUUCAGAAUUCAAUGGUCCAAAGCAGUCUUGUUUGAAGCUACAAAAAUACAGUGAAAAACUGUCAUGUAUUUUAUUAUUGGCUGUGCCAUUUGUUAAAUUGUCAGUGUUAAGUUCCACCAUAGCUCUGGUUCUUUAGCAGAGCAGUGUGACCAUCUCAUAUGUCCAUGUCUGCUGUAGUGUUACAGUGGUCAACUUUUAGGGGAACCCCAGGCCCCCAGAAUGAGGUUAUUAUUUCUACUGAGCCAGCUCAUUGUUUUUCUGCCAAUCUGCCUGUGCCUGUGCUUUUUUAUAAGGUCAUGCCAACUGAUCUACUAAAUUUAUUGCUUUUUUAAGGCAAUCUCACUUUCCUAGUCUUUUCCAGUGGACCACUCCACCUGAAAGCAGUUGCCUUCAGGACAAAAUAGACUUAAGUUGAUUCCAGUGCAUUUUGGGCAACUCAUGAAUGAAAGUGAAAAUUAUGCAGAGGCUCCAGCUUAAGGGGUUGCCAUGAAUCUGUUCCCUACCUGGAAAAAGGGAGAUACUUAACCUUUUCCUGCAGGGUCUGAACUUUGCUUUGAAGAAACCAUCUCCUUUAAAGUGUUAUUUAAAACUACCUCAGGGUGAGUCACAUUUC